AGCAGUCAUGAUAAAAAUCGUGAACAAGCCUUACUUAUUCUGACCUUUCUGUGUAUUUGUGAGGGUGCGUGUUGCUGUUUUUAUAUUCAGGCGAGGGUGCUACAGUCUCCUGAUAGGUCAAUGCAAUAUAUCUGUCAGUGAUAUAUCUACCACACACUCAGCUUGUGCGUGCGUGUGUGUGUGCAUGCGUGUGUGUGAGAGAGCAGCGGUUUGGGUUGCGCAGUAUAGCCCUCUCUCCCUCACCACCACAUGAUCUGUAAUACUCCAUAAAGCCUGAUGACGUCUAUACUUCCUAAUCUUGCUCUCUCUCUCUCGCUCUCCCUCCCCGAGGCUUUAUAGGCAGCAGUGAGAAGUCCAAUUUCCUCAUUCACACAGAGACACACGUCUGUCACCAUCUCUUUUUGUAGUAAAAAAAAAAAAAAAAAAAACUUUCAGUGUACCAAGAAAGCUUAAAUCAGCUGACAGUAACAACCAGUAUCUGUGACAGUCACGUUAAAAGGACGCGUUCAGGACAUUAUAUCUGUGGACAGUGAUGGAGACUAUGGUGUGUCCGAUGGGUGGAGGCGCCACCAGGCUGUACAGCACCCUCACUCAGACCCUCAGCAGCUCUCCUCUCCCCCUACCACCGCCCCAUCUGGGCCCCCACCCUCCUGUGGACACAAACCUGGAUCCAUCUUUCUGCCAGGAGCAGAAGCAGACUGAUCCGGCAGAGCUGCUUCGACAGUGUGAGGAGGCCCUCAGGGACAGUCCACCUCGCUUCCACAGGAAGUUCACUCACCUCAAUGAUGGAGACAGUGCCCCCAGCAGCCCCAUCAGGGUGAUGCAGUGGAACAUACUGGCCCAAGCUCUGGGGGAGGGACUCGACAGUUUUGUCCAGUGUCCCUUGGAGGCUCUCAGCUGGUCCCACAGGAAGUACCUCAUCUUAGAAGAGCUCCUCACCUACCGACCUCAUAUCCUGUGUCUGCAGGAAGUCGACCACUACUAUGACACCUUCCAGCCGGUUCUGGCAGGCCUGGGUUACAGCAGCAUUUUUUGCCCCAAACCCUGGUCGCCAUGUCUGGAUGUGGAGGGCAACAACGGUCCGGACGGCUGCGCCCUGUUCUUCGAUCAGUCGCGUUUCGAGUUCCUGGAUAGCGUGAACAUACGGCUCUCUGCCAUGAGGAUUCCAACCAAUCAGGUUGCUGUGGUGGCAAUACUACGUUGUCGGAGCACAGGGAGAUGCUUGUGCGUUGCCGUGACCCACCUCAAGGCCCGUUCUGGAUGGGAGUGGCUCCGCAGUGCCCAGGGCUCCGAUCUUCUGCGACACCUCCAGAAUCUGCUUGAGAAACACACCGACAGGCCCACAGGUGCACCUACCUCCGACAUUCCUCUGCUCAUAUGUGGCGAUUUCAACGCAACCCCAACUGAGGAGGUGUACCGACGUUUCUUAGCUUCACCUCUCAGUUUGGACUCGGCCUAUAAGAAACUCAGUCAGGGCGGUUUGACCGAACCAGAGUACACAACAUGGAAGAUUCGGCCCACAGGGGAAUGCUGUACUACUCUGGACUACAUCUGGUACAGUCAGGACACACUGAGAGUGGACGCAGUUUUGGACAUGCCCACCGAGGAACAGAUUGGCCCAAACAGGCUUCCAUCCUUCAGCUAUCCGUCUGACCACCUCUCUCUGGUUUGUGACUUCAGCUUUAAGGAGAAGGAGUGAAAAGGAAAUGAUGAACAGGCACACAAAGAGGGACAACGCUGUGAUCAGACAGAGUCCAGACUGGAUCCUGGUCGGCUUCACUCGACAAGAACGUACGCAGAGGACACGCCAAAGUCCGAGAAAAAGGGACAGGCUGAAGACAGGACGCCGAGAAACCAGAGAUCACACUGCCAGUGUACUACAGAGUGACUGAGAAUGAAGUGUUUUUGCUGUACAUGUGUGAGGUUCAGAUUGAUGACUGUUGCUGGAUGGUUUCGUGUAGAUAUUGCGCUCUUGUUGGUUUGCUUAUGGCUCGGUUGUUUGGGAAUUAAAGGGUCAGUUCAACCACACUUCCAAAAUUAUUAAGUGCUAUGUAGGAAUACAGGUAGUUCUUGUUCAGGUUUUGAGAAAAGACCUUGCUGUUGAACUUUCCAAGCUGGAGGCAGACGGAUAUCUCACGACCUGGGUGAAUAAAAACAAACCUAUCUGCAUGGCUACAUAUCAGUGAAUAGAUUUUGUAAUUUGGGUAAACUGACCCUUUAAAGCUUAAUCAGUCCACUCACUCUGGAUAAUGGGGUGCUAGCAGAUUAACUCAUGUCUCUUAUACUGUUAUCAAGAAGUCUGAACAUUGGUAUCAGUAAUACAAUAACCGGCUGGUGUGAAAAAUAAUAUAAACAAUAUUUGUGAUACUGUUACUAACAUGGUUUAUCACAUAACUGAAGGUUGUCAUGGGAACUUAUUUAACUGGGCACACUAUACCAACAAACACCACACGCGGGUGUAUGUUCUCGCUUUACCAUCUAAUGAGGGAGACAUUAUGCUUUAUGUGCUACAGAAACAUUUAAAUUUUUAAAAUGUCCCAUAUUGAUUGUUAAUGACUACAUGCUGAAGAACAAUUGAUGAUUCUGCAUUGGCAGCAUUGUGUAAGAACACAUUUUCUGUGUUUGAGCAUCUUUUCAGCUACAGCACGACCGACUAUUUACCUUAUCAGUGAACUAAACUCUGAAUACUGGAUGUCAGAAUGUGCCAAGUAGCCACAGGAACUGAUUCAUUAGAAGAAUAAAUGUUAUUGCUUCUUAAAACUUGAGUUUUAAUUUAAACACUUUAAUAAAUGCAUAAAACCACAAUGAAAAACGAGUGUCAGGUUUCAAAUGUCUUUAUAGUUCAGUAAAAUCUAAUACACUUUGAAACAAGAGUACAGCAAAAUAGAAUAUACUUCAAAUGUUGAAUAUACAAACAGUUCAGUCUGAACACAAACAUCUUUCUCUCCAUCUUCCAGAUAAAAAUAAUAAUGAUGUACAGGGGCGGGGCCAAGACGGCGGUAAAAAAACAACAACUGUAUGCUGGCAAACUGAGCCUCUGUUUUACGUCAGACAUAAAGUGACCUGGAUCCACAGUGGUUUGAUUUCUCGCAGCCAUUUUUGCAUAAAAGUUUUGAUUUUCAAUGCCUCUCUUUGAUUCAUUAAAAUCAUUUCUUCAUUUUAUUCUUGAUCUUUGAGUUUAAAUACAUUCCUUUUCCCCCCUCCUUUCUAUUUGGAUUCAAGACAUGGCACAGCUAAGAGCUUCUGCAUCAGCUCAGUCCCACUUCAUUGCAUUUACAUGCAGCCAGACUGUGUAGGGUUGUGAAAAGGGCAAACAUUUGUCAAAAAAAAAAGAUUUUUUUUGUGAAAUAAGUCUGAAAUUUAAGUCUAGAGAUUUGACUAGACACUGGAGGACACACUGCAAGCAAUCUUGCCACUGAUCUACGACAUGUUGCUGUUUCUUCUGUGAGAUUCGAUCUAUAUGAGUAAUUAAACAGCCUGAAAGUGGAACUAAUAAUACUAAUAAUACAAAUAUUAGUUCCCCUCGAUUCAAUAAUACUGUGCUUGGUACAAGGUAUCAAAACACAAAAACAAAGUUCAGCUUACUGUUCAGACAAUACAUAAAAAAAGAAAGUCAAAAUUAAAAUCUAAGGCUGUUCUGUUAACUUUAGCUCCGUAAACUGUAGAUAUUAUAUACCGUAUAUAUAUUUAUGUAUAUAUGUACAUACAUGACCAUUUCUGUCUGUCUGAUAUCGUUCCUUGUUGGAGCUUCUCGAAGCCCCACUUUCUUUUUCUUUCUCUCACUCUUAGGACUCACAUAGCACCACCCACACUUGAUCUGCACAGUGAUAGAAGUA